AUGGGCAAGCAGAGAGACAGACGCCGCCUGAAACCGCAGAUCACAGAAAAGCAACAGAAGGGCUACCAAGCACAUGGCCUGCAUAAGAUGGCGGCGACAAGUAUGAGAAACCACACACAAGGGACAGAAAACUACAGCGACACUCAGCAGCGCCUGGAUGCAGCCUUUGACCAAUUCUGGACGAAGCUCUUAGACCUGAUGCAAAUGCCUCAGGUAAAACCGCAAGCACCGCCACCCCAGGGCGUGCGGAACCAAGGGCAUGGGGAGCAGAAAGACACACCUUUGAAAUACACAAGAACGAAAGGGCGGCAUGUAGGUGAGCCACAACACGCACCACCUGACGCCAUACACCCCAAGCAAUACUCAGCCUCACUGAGAACCCACACCCAUAAGCGCUCCAGACAAACUUCCCGGGUCCCCCACCCGCAUAACAGCAAUGGAUGCCCGACCGCACAAAAACAAGCUCCCUAUCCAGGUGCCUGGAGAACAUGGCGCCUACGCAAAUCUGCCUACUCACCUCACCAUGGCCUCACCACAACUCGACCGGGCAGAGACCGACCCCUUGCGACUAACUCGCCAUGGAGGAAGAAACACGCACCACAGAGCCAACCACAGGCACCGAAAGGACCCAGGGGCUCAGACCCGAGCCGGAGAUUAAAAUACCUGACGCCGGUGCAUCGAUGCAGAGAACUCCGGGUCUGGCAGCACACACGCUCUCUUAAAGGAGCACUCUCGGCCUGGAGCGGCGGCCUGCCAGCCGCGGGCAUCGGCUGA